CCUCCCGGGAUGUAAACAAACUGGUGCACCACUGCCUUCCCCUCACCCCUACAACAACACGUUGUCAUCUACACGACAAAUUCACCUGCAGGAGACCUGGCCGGAGACUGGGACGUGGGGCCAUUGAUCCCUGGAAGCUACACACAAGGGUGAUGACUCUGGCCAUCAUGCAAAGAUGACCAACAAUUGGAUACGUGAACACCCAGCCUUGAUUAGCAGCAUCCUGCUGGGUGUGGGUAGUACAGGGAUGUUGCUUUUUCACCGCAAGGCCAUUGUGCAGAAGAUAUGUUCUUGGAGGCUGGUGAGAUCAGUAAAGGCAGCAGAGAGGACAGUUCAUGUGGUGACCUGUGAGGAAGGUUGGGCAAAAGUGCAGCCAUUGCUCUUGAGGGAAGCCCAACAAGAUGGAGCUGUAGGCUUUGACUGUGAGUGGGUACAGGCAAAAGGCCACCGUCGUCCUGUGGCACUCCUCCAGCUGGCCGCAUGUUCAGGGUUAUGCAUCUUGCUACGACUUUCACACAUGAAGCCCAAUUUUCCUAACACACUCAAAAGCUUUUUAGAAGACAAAACAAUUCUUAAAGUGGGAGUUGGUUCCCUCGAAGACAGCAACUUUCUGGCAGCAGAUUACAACCUGAAGGUGCAAGGAUGUGUUGACCUGCGGUAUCUCGUUCUCCAGUGUCGCAAGUCUCAGUUGUCUAGUACAGAGGUCACACCAGAGGCAGAAAAACUGGCUGCUGGCAUGGGGCUAAAUGCUCUCUCGCAAGCUUACCUCGGCCUCACUUUGGACAAGGACUGGCGAAUACGUGCAAGCAACUGGGAAGCUGAAACUUUAAGCAAGAGACAGGAGAGUUAUGCUGCUGAUGAUGCUCUGGUGGGUAUUCACAUUUUGAUGAGAUUAAUGGAGAAGCUAUGGGUGCCAUCGUCUUUACUAAUUCCCAUCCUGCCAUCUAUGAUGUGGCACUACCACCUGUCCACAGCUAUUCACCAAACUUGUCACAGUGUGCUUGAUGUCAAGUUCUCAUAUUCUGGCAAGCAACUCAAUGCAGGGGUUGCACCCAACAGUCGAUCAGCACCUUCCGCAAAGUUAAAGAGCAUCUCUCGAGCAUACUCCACACGUAAGGGACCUCUGUAUCAUAACUGCCAACUUCGAGCCCCAGAUGAUCAGCCACUAUGCACUUGUGACCCAAAGAAAGCUCAAUGGUAUAUAGAAAAGGGUCUUGGAGUCUUAAUCAGUGAGGACCCACUUAUUGUGCGUCUCAAAUUUGAACCUGCUGGCCGCCCCCAAGUUGAGAGGGAUGAUGGAAAAUUUUACCUUCAGGAACGGCACAAUAUUUGUGUUGUGUGUGGUGAAGAUGAAUCUUACAUUAGAAAAAAUGUAGUGCCCCAUGAAUAUCGUAAACAUUUUCCUGACAUCCUGAAAGAUCAUCAGAGCCAUGAUGUUGUUCUACUUUGCCUUGAAUGUCAUAGGCUAAGUAACUUGCAUGAUAAUGCCUUAAGGUAUUUGUUAGCAAAAGAAUUUAAAGCUCCCAUAGGUACUGAACAAGAUGUGAAAGUCACAAUCGACCAUACUCGCAAAAUUGUUAGGAAUGCUGCUGGGGCAUUGCUGAGAAGUCAAGAUAACAUUCCAGAAAAGAGAGUCAAAGAACUUGAGAGCAUUGUUAAAAAUUACUUUAAUAUUGAAGAAAUAAGUGUAAAACAUCUACAAGAUGGAGCUAACCUAGAUGUGAAGAUCUUGAAUGAAGGAUACCAAGCUCAUGGAGAGAAGGUUUAUGAAGCGUACAAGAAGGUUGGUCUGGUAAAACUUGAGCAGAGAUGGCGACAACACUUCCUAGACACCAUGAACCCACUGUUCAUGCCUGAAUGUUGGUCACUGACUCAUAAUGUAUAUAAGAUGCAGCUGAAAAUGAGCCAGUGGCCUCUUGACCACCCUGAACGAUUUAAGUAUAAAAUAAUUCUUGUAGGCUCGGAGGGCACUAUAGAUAUUCCAUAUUGCCCACAGACUAGCAAAGCAACUGCUCUGGUAAAUUCCACUUUAAUUAGUAAAGAUGACAGCCCAGGAUGUCCUUUACCUUCUGUAUUAUUACAUUGUGGAAAUGGAAACACCAAGACAAUAUCAGAAAGGCAAAAUUUUGUACCUGUUGCUAAUGAUUCGUUUCAAGCUCAGAAUAGUACUGAAGUGGCAGAAGCUUCUUGGAAUACUAAUAAUAUUGUAAUUGUUAAUGCUGCAAUGAAAAGUUUGAAUGAUAUUGGUGAUGAAUCAUAUAAUUCGGAAUUAACUAAUCAAGAUUUAAUUUUGUCUAAAGCAACAACAAAAUUUGGUGAGUAUUCAGAAAAAAAUAACAAAUUUGUUAAUAGUGACAUCUUAACUACAAAUGAAAGUCAUAUUCUAAAUACAGAAAUGGGAAUAAUGCAGCUGGAGUGUAUGAAUUCACAAAAUGCAGAGUCAAUGCCUUAUGCACAAGGUAUUGAUAUUGAGGUUGAUGUGAGUUUCAAUCAAAAUAAGGAUGAAGACAAUUUUAAUGCCUGUAGACUUCCAGGAAAAUUUGAAAUGCAGAAUUUUGAUUUAGAUGGAACCCCUAUGACUUCAAUGAUUGUAGUUUCUCAAGACCUGGCCAAGAAAAAGGCAGAUGUGGAUUUGAGUCCUAAUCAUAACUCAAAAAUUGAAAAAAUCCACACAACAGACUCUGUUUUUUCUAUUUUAUGUGAAGAUGUAAACACUCGAGGAGAAAUGUUACAUUACGAUGCUGACCAGGUAUAGCUCAAGGGAGUGUUCAUACAUCACAAUACUGACCAAGUGUAGCUAGAGAGCAUUGAUACAUCACUUGAGUAGCCAUACACAAAACAUGACACACGUCGACGACCACGUCAUGGAGAGCUGAAGGAUUAACUCAUUAUUAGUUAGGUGAUAGUGUGGGUGAGAGGUUCACAUGUGGUGUCCCAGACAUCAUAAACAUUUUAGCGGCCCCCGUGGCGCAGUGGUAAACACUCGCCUUGUGCUUCGUGAGUGAUUUGGACUGAGUUUGUAUCCUGGGCAGGGAGGAUUGACAACGUGCCAGUCCUUUACUGUACGCCUCUGUUCAACCAGCAGUGAAUGGGUACCUGUUUUUUAAAAUAAUUUGACAGGUCGUAUCCCAGGGAAAAUUAGGAUUAAGGACCUGCCUGAAAAGCUAUGUGUGAUAGUGUGUGCUAUGUUACAAGAAUGUAAGAACUCUUGUAUACAGUAGUAUAAAUACAAAAUUAAAAAUAAAAACAUACUGAGGUCAAUUAUAAAAAGUAAAGUGAUGAUUAUCUGAAGAGAGAGAUUGUAUUGUAUACAAUUUUUUUUAAAUUUAAAACAAGAUCUAUCAUAUAGAAGCAGAUGAGAAUAAAAAUAAACAAAAUGGCUGACACCAUGUGAACUGAACUGUCAAUAAAAGAUGUAAAUUUCAAGGGGUUCACUGAGGAAUAAAUAAGAAAAUAGAGGUUUUAUGGGCAGAUUAGUGAAAGUUGACCUUCUAAAGAUUCAUGAAGGAAAAUUUGUUUCAUUAGAUACAGAAAUGGAAGAAAUAAUAAUAAAAAUAAAAUUAACUUUUUACAAGGCAGCAUUUUGCAGAAGGAGCAGGAAGUUGUCAGCUUGACAGAUAAGGAAGGACAAAUAAAGGAACUAGUGAAAGAAAAUGAAACAUGGAAAAUGAAGGGCAUGAAUUUGAAGAAAUAAACAAGAUAGAUUUAGACAAGAAUUAAGAGAAACUAUAUAAAUGAUCUACUGGAAAGAAUACAAAAUUAUAUGAACAUGUCUGUUGAUGUCAAGCUAUUAGGGAAGAUAAGAAACUUAAGAAGAUAAUUAUACACAAAAUGAGUGUAUAGAAUAACAUGCAAAUGGAAUUUAAUGUGAAUAAAUGCCACAUUAUGAAAUGUGGAAUAGAUAAUAAGCCACACACAACUUAGAAAUUAUGUGAUAAAAACUUUAAAGAAUUCUCAGAGAGAAAUCUAGGGGUGGUUCUGGAUAGAAAACUCACCUGAGAAGCACACAAAGAACAUUGUGUGAGGAACGUAUGCUAUGCUUUCCUACUUUAGAAUCUUUAAAAACAUGGAUGGCAAAAUAUUUUAAAAAUUCACAACCUUUGAGACCAAAAUUGGAAUAUGCAGGGAUUGUAUGGUGCCCAUAUCUCUAGAUGCAGAUGACUAAAUGAGAAAAAAUGCAGACAUACAACUAAAUGGCUUCUGGAACUAAAAAACAAAGAGUUGCUAGAAACUAGAAGAAAAGGAGGGGAUAUUAUCACUACAAACAAAAUAGUAACAGGAAUUGCCAAAAGCGACAGAAGAAUUUGUUAAAACCUGCAACUUCAAGAACAAGAGGACAUAGAUUCAAACUAAGGAAACAAAGCUGUCCAAAAAUUUGAAAGUUUGCUUUUGCAAACAGUGGUAGAUGGUUGGAACAAGUUGAGUGAGGAGGCCAAGACCUACAGUACUGUAGUUUCAAAUCAUCAUAUAACAGAGAUUACUGGAAAGAUGUGAUACCAUGAAUAUCUCUCAUCAUGUAACUACACUUAGGUACAGUAAUUACACUGGGAAUUAGAGAGAUAGAGAUAGAGAGAGAGAGAGAGAUAGAGAUAGAGAGAGAGAGAGAGAGAGACAGAGAUAGAGAGAGAGAGACAGAG